AUGAAGAAGAAAACAGAGGAAGUUGUCAUCGAUGGAUGUCCCAGAAAACCUCCUAGAUCCAGAAAGAGGAAAAGCUCAUAUGACAAUAACGACACCUGCAAUGGAAAAUCUGUAAAGGGGAUGAGCGUUGAUAAUCACAUAGUAGAUGGAUGUGAUCAGCCUCAACCGGAAUUCGCAGAGGUUAGAUCCAAGAAUCCACGAAAGCCGUGUGUCCAAGCUGAAACUAAGAAACAACCAAACUCGACAAAAGGAACCAGAGGGAGGAAAGUGAAAACAAAGGAACCAUUAAAACUUGAAUAUAAUGAUGAGGGUGAUAUGACAUAUCGUUGCACUCACUGUGAUGCUAAGUUUUGGUAUGGUGAACGUAUCAACAAGAAGAAGAGGUCACGCAAUCCAGUCUUCACGCUUUGCUGUAUGCAGGGACAAGUAACGUUGCCGUUGCUAAAGGAUCCUCCUCCUGAAAUUAAAAAUUUGAUUUAUGGAGAUGAUGAAUUAAGCCGACAUUAUCAGAAGCACAUCAGGCCUUACAGCAUGCUUUUUUCCUUUACUUCAAUGGGUGGAAGAGUUGAUCAUUCUGUAAAAAAAGGGAGGGGUCCACAAAUGUUUCAGUUGCACGGAGAGAAUUACCAUUUAAUGGGCAGCAUGAUUCCACAACCUGGAGAUUAUGCAAAAUUCUAUCAGAUGUAUAUUGUUGACAUGGAGAAUGAGAUCGAAAAUAGGCUCACUUUCCUCAGCAAGGCUAAAAAUGCACAAGAAUCAACUAAGAAGAACCGACUACGGAAGGAAAUCAUUGAAUUGUUCGUCAAGGUCUUAGAUGAGCACAACCCGUACGUGAAGACAUUUCGGUCUGCAAGAGAGAGAUUCAACACUGACCCUGAGCACAGUUUUCACAUGAGGAUUAUAAGUGAUCGUGUUACUGAUGGAAGAACUUACAACACUCCUACGGCUUCUGAGGUUGCUGCAAUCAUUCCCGGAGAUUUCAAUUUUGACAUGGGGAAGAACCGUGAUAUAAUCCUACAAAAACAAUCCGGAAAGCUGAGGCGUAUUAGCGAGAUUCAUCCGUCGUAUAUCCCACUACAAUAUCCUACGUGUUUCGUUUAUGGAGAAGAUGGUUUCAGGCUUGGAAUUAAGAAAGCAGAUUCAGUUUACGGGAAAAAAAAUAAGAAGGAAAACAUCUCUGUUAGACAGUUUUUUGCUUUCCGUCUAUUUGAAAGAACAAAAGAGUCUAACCAUCUCUUACACUCGAGGAGGCUGUUUCAGCAGUACUUGGUCGAUACCUACACCAUGAUUGAGACUAACAGGCUUACCUAUCUGCGGAUGAACCAGACAAGCUUGAGAUCAGACAGUUAUGACUCAAUCAAACAAGCUGAAGACGCAGGUGUCAUUGAAAUGGAGGAACAAGGUAAUAAGUUUUACUUGCAUGCGUCUUUCACUGGAGGACCAAGGUAUAUGAGGGAGUUAUAUUUCGAUGCGAUGGCGAUAUGCAGACAUUAUGGUUUCCCGGAUUUGUUCAUCACAUUUACAUGCAAUCCUAAAUGGCCAGAACUAACCCGAGAGCUUGAUGGUACAAAUCUGAAACCUACGGAUAGAGCUGAACUCAUCUGCAGGCUGUAUCAUAUAAAACUAGCGUCACUCAUGGAAGACUUGACGGAUAAUGGACUCCUAGGCCAAACAGUUGCGUCAAUGUAUACAAUAGAAUUUCAAAAACGAGGACUGCCACAUGCUCACAUUCUUCUGUUUAUGCAUCAGAAGUGCAAGUUUCCAACUACGGAUGAUAUCGAUAAGAUUAUAUCAGCAGAGAUACCAGAUAAGGUGGAGGAGCCAGAACUAUAUGAAGUUGUGAAGGAUAUGAUGAUUCACGGUCCUUGCGGUAAUGUGAACAUAAACUCACCAUGUAUGGAAAAUGGAAAAUGUUCAAAGCUAUUCCCGAAAGCUCAUGCAGAGAGAACCAAGAUAAGCAAAGAUGGCUUCCCAAUAUACAGGAGACGGGACCAGCCAGCUGCUAUUAAGUACUUAUUUAAGUAUAUCAACAAAGGAUCAGAUCGUGUUGCUGUCGUUGUUGAGUCAGCUGAGCAGGCCACACUUGGUGAAGAAGCACGGCAGAAAAAGAAAAAUGGGAGACCUACUAAUGGAGCUAAGCAGACUGAAGAUAGUUCUGAGUCCACUGAGAAGGUUGAGCAGGUUAACGAGAUUAAAGACUAUUUUGAUUGCCGGUUUGUAGGUGCUACAGAAGCUGUAUGGAGAACACUGGGGUUUAAAAUACAUCAUAGAUCUGUGUCUGUGGUUAAACUCACUUUUCACUUAGAAGGGAAACAGUUGGUUAUCUUCAAAGGGAAGGACAAGCUGGAAAGGGUUGUUACACGAAAACUGAUCGAGAAGACUAUGAUGUUGGCUUGGUUUCAGCUGAAUUUGGAAAAUGAGUUUGCUAGAACGCUAACCUAUGUUCAGAUUCCAAAUUUCUUUGUAUAUAUUGCUAGCCAGAAACGUUGGAAAGAAAGGGAGACAGGUUUUGCAAUUGGCAGAAUCAACUAUGCCCCAAGGAAGAUUGAAGAUGCUUAUUAUUGUCGAGUGUUGCUAAAUGUUGUCCGUGGUCCCACAUGUUUUGACGACAUCAAGACAUACAAUGGAGUGCUAUAUCCGAGCAACAAGGAUGCGUGCUAUGCCAGGGGUUUGUUAGAGGAUGACCAAGAGUACAUUGAUGACAUUCUCAGGAGAAGCUUCACGACUUCUGCAGCUCAACUUCGGCAGUUAUUCGUCACCAUGCUUAAUUCCGACAGUUUAACUUCUCCAGAGCUGACAGCUCUAUCGAGAAUCAGCGCCCAACCGCGCAGUCCGGCUGGCCGAGGAACGAAUGUUCCGCGCUCGGCCAAAUCUCGUCCGUCGUCUGAAGUCUCGGCCAAAGUCCAAAACCGUUCGGCCGCGCGCAAGUCACGACCCGGGAAACAUCCCGCGGUCGGCCACGCCACGCCACGACCGCGCACGACCAAACGCGAGCCGGGAGUAACGCCUCGCGGCCGCGCAACUCAUCCGCGCACCACGCACGACGCGCCGUCCGACCCGGGAAACUACGUCCCGCGUCCGGCCGAGAUUUCAUCGGCCAAGUUUUCACCCGUCCGACCACAGCGGCCGACCACGCCGACCACGAUCCGUCCGACCCCGACCGUUCCGACUCGGCCACAUCCCGAUGUCCGGCCGAUCGUCCCGACGACCGUCCCAACGCCGCGGUCGACCCGAAGCCCUUUUGAAGCCCAAACUUAUGUUUUCAAGCCCGGCUUAACCCUAAGCCGCCUCUAG